AUGACUUACUUUCUGUUGAUCUUGACACCCGAUUCAACUAAGAUGGCGAUCGCGUCGUUGAUCUUAUGGGGGAUCGGCACUCUCAUCUGCUACCUGAUAUACCAGCAUUCAACACGGAGCGCGCAGCGGCUGCCGCUCCCUCCCGGCCCCAAGCCGCUGCCUAUCGUGGGUAACCUGAAAGAUUUUCCUCCUGAUGGCAAACCAGAGUACCAGCAUUGGAUACACCAUAAGGACCGCUAUGGUGGUAUUUCUUCUGUUACCCUUCUGGGUAUGACGCUCGUCAUUAUUCAUGAUAAGAAAGCUGCACAUGAGCUCCUGGAGCAGACUUCAGGAAGGACCUCAGGCCGGCCUACAAUGGUUAUGGCAAACAAGCUGUGUGGCUAUGAGUCUAUUGUUGUUUGUCAAGACUAUAAUGCAAGGUUCCGGCGCUGCCGCAAAUUCCUACAUCAAGAACUCGGCACCAAAGUUUCUGCGUCACAAUUCAGUGCUGCCCAAGAGCUUGAAGUAAAACGACAGCUUGUACGCGCUCUGAACGAGCCUGAAAAAUGGCUGGAACAUUUCAAGACCACUGCUGGCGCCACCGUGUUGAAAAUGGCCUAUGACUAUGCCGUCGAUUACCAUAAGCCUGAUCCGUUGGUCGACUUGAUCGACAGAAUGAUGACCGAGUUCUCCCUCGCCGCGGUUCCCAUGGCAUGGGCGGUAGAUAUUAUUCCUGCUCUCCAAUAUCUUCCAGGUGCACCAUUCAAAAAGACGGCGCGGAAGUGGAGAAAGUCUAUUCAAGCAGCAGCAUAUAUCCCGUACCGAUUUGUCCAGUCUCAGAUGGCAGCCUUGACUUACAAGCCAUCGUACGUCUCAAAGCUCGUGCAGCUGCUAAAGGGAGAGCAGUCCGAGUUGGAUCACGAAGACGAACAGGCAAUCAUUUGGUCAGCAGCCAGUCUAUACGGUGCUGCGGCGGAUACCACAGUUAUUACUCUUACUACGUUCACCCUAGCCAUGAUCCUGUUUCCCGAUGUGCAGCGCAAGGCUCAGGAAGAGAUCGACCGCGUAGUCGGAAACCGCCUGCCAGGCUUUAAAGACCGCGAAAAGCUGCCAUAUAUCAACGCGUUAGUCCUAGAGGCGCUGAGAUGGUGGCCAAUUGCACCCAUGGGCUUCCCUCACACAGCUACUGAGGGUUUUGAAUACAACGGCCUUUAUAUCCCCAAGGGCGCAUACCUCCUCCCGGCAGUCUGGUGGUUCCUACAUGAUCCAGAAGUGUAUGACAACCCGGAAAUAUUCGACCCAGACCGUUUCCUUGAGCCACGAAACGAACCCACUCCUAUGACUGAGGCCUUUGGUUAUGGUCGAAGAAUCUGCCCUGGCCGGUUCUUCGCGGACUCAAGCCUCUUCUUGAAUAUUGCGCAAUCAUUGGCAGUCUUUAACUUCAAGAAGGCAGUGAGCAGUGACGGCAAAGAGAUUGAGAUCGACGUUAAGCCAAAGCCAGGCCUCCUCACGUAUCCGACUAAGUUUGAUUUCCGAAUCGAGCCGAGAAGCGAGAGGCACAUACAGAUGAUCAGAGAGCUGGAACGACAAGACCCUCUGGCAGCGGGCGAUGCUGAGCACCUGGAGAGUAUCGACAAUUUCCAGCCCUUGUAG